GUGGUUAUGAAUUAUUCAGAGAUCGAGUCUAAAGUUCUAGAAGCAAUGAAUGACGAUCCUUGGGAACCUUCUGGGCAACUCAUGGGAGAGAUUGCCAAGGCUACAUUUAUGUAUGAACAAUUUCCUGAACUUAUGAAUAUGCUUUGGUCACGAAUGUUAAAAGACAACAAAAAUUGAAGAAGAGUUUAUAAGUCAUUGCUACUUCUAGCUUACCUCAUAAGGAAUGGAUCAGAGCAUGUGGUUACAAGUGCCAGAGAACACAUUUAUGAUUUGCGAUCCCUGGAAAAUUACCACUUUGUAGAUGAGCAUGGCAAGGAUCAAGGUAUAAAUAUUCGCCAGAAGGUGAAAGAAUUGGUUGAAUUUGCCCAGGAUGACGACAGGCUUCGUGAAGAGCGAAAGAAAGCAAAGAAGAACAAAGACAAAUAUGUUGGGGUUUCCUCAGACAGUGUUGGAGGAUUCAGAUACAGUGAAAGAUAUGAUCCUGAACCCAAAUCAAAAUGGGAUGAAGAGUGGGAUAAAAACAAGAGUGCUUUUCCAUUCAGUGAUAAAUUAGGUGAACUGAGUGAUAAAAUUGGAAGCACAAUUGAUGACACCAUCAGCAAAUUCCGGAGGAAAGAUAGAGAAGACUCUCCAAAAAGAUGCAGUGACAGUGAUGAGGAAAAGAAAGCAAGAAGAGGCAGAUCUCCCAAAGGUGAAUUCAAAGAUGAAGAGGAGACUGUGACGACAAAGCAUAUCCAUAUCACACAGGCCACAGGGACCACCACAACCAGACACAAGCGCACAGCAAAUCCUUCCAAAACCAUUGAUCUUGGAGCAGCAGAACAUUACACAGGGGACAAAGCAAGUCCAGAACAGAAUACUUCAACUCAUACACCUCAGUCUUCACCGAAGACUCCAGUGCCUAGCAGCAAGUCAUCUGGUGACCUUGUUGAUCUGGUUGAUGGCACCAGCCAGUCAACAGGAGGAUCAGCUGAUUUAUUUGGAGGAUUUGCUGAUUUUGGCUCAGCUGCUGCAUCAGGCAAUUUCCCUUCCCAAGCUACGGCAACAAGUGGGAAUGGAGACUUUGGUGACUGGAGUGCCUUCACCCAAGCCCCAUCCGGCCCCGGUGCCUCCAGCGGCGAGCUCUUUGGUGGUGCCUCACAGCCAGCCGUAGAGCUGGCCGGUGGCCCAGCUGCAGCGGCUUCAGGUUCCUCAGACCUGUUUGAUCUUAUGGGCUCAUCCCAGGCAACCAUGGCAUCUUCCCAGAGUAUGAAUUUCUCCCUGAUGAGCUCUAAUACUGUAGGCCUCGGGUUGCCCAUGUCAAGAUCACAGCCUUUGCAAAAUGUUAGCACGGUGCUGCAGAAGCCCAAUCCUCUCUAUAAUCAGAAUACAGAUAUGGUCCAGAAGUCAGUCAGCAAAACCCUGCCCUCUACUUGGUCUGACCCCAGUGUGAACAUCAGCCUAGACAACUUACUACCUGGUAUACAGCCUUCCAAACCCCAGCAACCGUCACUCAAUACCAUGAUUCAGCAGCAGAAUAUGCAACAACCUAUGAAUGUGAUGACCCAAAGUUUUGGAGCUGUGAAUCUCAGUUCUCCGUCAAACAUUCUUCCUGUCCGGCCCCAAACUAACCCUCUGAUGGGGGGGCCCAUGCCUAUGAGCAUGGCCGGUGUGAUGACUGGCACCAUGGGAACGGCCCCUCUUGGAAAUACUCCAAUGAUGAACCAGAGCAUGAUGGGCAUGAACAUGAACACAGGGAUGUCAGCGGCUGGGAUGGGCCUGACAGGCACAAUGGGAACGGGCAUGCCCAACUUAGCCAUGACUUCUGGAACUGUGCAGCCCAAGCAAGAUGCCUUUGCAAAUUUCGCCAACUUUAGCAAAUGAGAGAUUGUAAAGGAGCAGAUUGAAUGAAGGAUUUUUAGCGGUGAAGAGA